AGCAACGGGAGUAGCAGUUAAGGUUGAAGCAUGUUCGGUCCACCACGUGUUUCGUGAAGAGUAGUGUUUCAUCUCCGGUAGAUCAUACACAAUGCUCUGUCUCCACAAAAGCACGGAGAUGUUCCCUCUACCGUUAAAUUUUUGAUGAGAAUGUGUUUUAUCGGUGUAGCAUUUAUCGUCACUAAUACUCGUGGGCAAGGGCUUUAUGUUACGGAGUACUCGUUGCACGCCAUCCAGUCAUUUGUGUUGUCUUCAGCGUGGUAUACAACUAUCCAUCUUCACCGGGACACUGCGGGUCUGUUUCGUCGGUGAUCAUUUGAUCUUUCCCGCGUCAAACCUGGGUCGUGAACGCUCGCUAUGGAGUAUAACCGUUUGCGGACUCCUGAAAACUAAGUUCGGACCCUUCACUUCAGCCCUAUCUCACGACAGAAAUGAACGGAGUGACGAAUUGGCACGAAGUACCAUAAAAGACGCAGGAAUCCUCAGUUAGAGUUGAGAGCACUUUGGAGAGAACAAAAUCAGUAGAUUCACCCAAAGUGGCCGAGCUGUUUGGUGGUUUGACAUCUAUUUUAUCAAUUUUGUUGAUGUUCAAUCGAUUAUCAUCAGGAAGGGUUCCUCGAACGGACUUUGCAUAUUCAUCAGGAAGAAAUUUUCUUAUACGUCACGAAGGAUUUGCAUAUUCAUUAGAAAGCCACCGUUGUAAUGCGAGCCACACGGUCCUCCAUCCCUAGCAUCGUGCUCCCUCUACCGGCGGCCGUCAAGGAGGAGCCACGCGAGUUCUCGUGCGGGGCUGAGCUAGGAGCCGAGCAGAACGAGAACAUGAAAGCGAGUACGUUGUUGAACCAUGCUACAGCCGCCACCACCACCACUACUUGCCGGGGCGGGGUGGUCCAGCAGCAGCAGCGGGCCGACGCUCACUUAUCCCGGGAGGAGCGACGCCGUAGACGGCGAGCCACUACCAAGUACCGCACGGCCCACGCCACCCGGGAACGCAUCCGGGUCGAGGCCUUCAACGUAGCGUUUGGUGAGCUUCGCAAACUACUCCCAACGCUUCCCCCAGACAAGAAACUCUCCAAAAUCGAGAUUCUUAGACUCGCCAUUUGCUAUAUAUCAUACCUUAACCAUGUGCUUGAUGUAUGACCCUCACUAUUGUACGAGGAAUGAACCACAUUAUGCAAUGACUUUGACGCAGCACAUCACAAGAUUCGUGUCCUAAACACAUUGUGUAUUUAUCCAAGCGUAAACAGUAUUCCACUAAAAUGAACAAGUCAGUUAUAUCCAUUGAAGAGGUUGUGGAAUGCUCGAAGACAUUUCCGUCAUUUUUAGGGUAUAUGUAGCCUAAGGUGUGAUGAAAU